AUGUCCAGGAACAUCUCUUUGACUAGUCACGGAGAGCCUAUCCAGUGUGAGCAGCUUUUUGAAUACACGAACGGACGAUUUCUGGUCAAUGAGAAGCACGAAAUAUCAAAACGAUACGCCAAAUUUGAUCUCGAGGCUCUCUGUACAGUAGUUUCGUCUUUGCCCUCUGUGUCUUCACCGAUAUCCAAAAUUGAUAAACUUGAGGGUGGCUUCAACAAAGCAUUGUUGAUAACAGCUGAAAAUGGAAAAGAGAUUAUUGCGAAGAUACCAUGUCCUAGUGUUGUGCCCGCUGAGUAUAGCACUGCAUCUGAAGCAGCUUCCUUGGAAUAUGUAAGGUCUCAGACCUCUGUUCCAGUUCCCAAAGUCCUUGCGUGGAGCUCUGAUUCUUCGAAUCCUGUCGGGUCGGAGUACAUUGUGAUGGAGAAAGUAAACGGGAGGCAGUUAGUUGAUGUAUGGGGUGAGAUGGGUCAGCUGCAACAGUUCAAGCUGAUUCAAAACCUGGUUCAGCUGGAAAGUCAGUUGGCUUCGAUGGAGUUUCCUGGUUAUGGAAAUCUGUAUUUCCGUCACUCAACUAAAGACGGAAGUCAAGUGAUCCCUAUAAAUGACGAUUAUUGUAUUGGCCCCGCCUAUAAUGCGUCGUGGUUUCCACAGUUUGGCAACCAAAAUUAUGCUGGCCCAUGGGCGGGACUUUCAGACCUUUGUCUUGCGUUGGCCAAUCGAGGCCUUGCGCAUGUGCAACACUCGACGCUCGUUCCUCGUGGACCCCAUUUCGGCGCUAAACUCGAACAUAUUCACAUUUUGGAAACUGCUAUGAAAAUUAUACCGAAAUUAGUGGGCUAUAUUCAGCGUUUCUCUAGACCAACUCUGUGGCAUGGGGACCUUCAUUUGGGCAAUAUAUUUGUUUGCAACAAGGACCCUACGAGAAUCGUUGGCAUAAUAGAUUGGCAAUUUGUGUCAAUCAUGCCUGCGUUCAUGCAAGUCCAGUGGCCGUCUUUCAUUAGACCUCCUGAAAAUUACGAAAUUGGGAUUGUCAAGCCAGACCUACCGCCAAACUUUGACGAAAUGGACUCGGACGAGAAAGCUUUUGCGAUAACAGAGAGAGACCAGGCUUUACUAUCAAAAUGUUACGAAGCGGCACUUGCUAAGAAUCACCUUGAAUCAUACUUGGCUUUGACUCAAGUCGACUCAGUCGCACGAGACUUACUCUCUUUGACCGAAAACACGUGGAAGCACGGGAUAAUCCCGCUCCGUGAUUCUCUGGUCCAGAUAUCCGAAAAGUGGCGCCAAAUAGGUCUCUCUGAACCUUGUCCGUACCAAAUUACAAGGGACGAUUUAUUAAGGCACAGGCUUGAGCUUUCUCGGUACAGGGAUUGGCAAAAACUAAAAGCAUAUACACAGGAGUUGUUGCAUUCAGAUGAUGACGGCUGGGUACCGCCCCAUCUUGACUUUAACAAAGUGCAAGCAAGACACACCGAACUGUUCCAACUUUAUAUUCGGAAAGAAUCCGAAGAGGUACCAGAAGAGGAAGCAAAGAAGCUUUGGUUUUAUAUUGACAGAGUGUGA